UGGGCACCAGCCAAGUAAACGAAGGACCGGGUUGUCCCAAUUCGGGUUGUCCCUGAUGGCGGGAGCUGCAAACACGAAGACGCUUUCCGGCCACCCAACUCCUGACAGCGCUGGGAUCUCCCAAGCGCGAGCAAAGAAGCGAGAUCCGUGCCGGUCACCCGGUAUCAAGCGCACCGAACAUGCGUGGUCCCAGAGGGGUCGGGCCACUCGGCGACCGAACCGGGAGUCAAAGCGAAGCAUGAACUUGACAGUGGAAGCCGACCAGCUGGAGCUGAAUCCACUCCUCCACAGACCAACGGCCGACCACCAGAUCGUGGUGUCUGGAUUUUUGUUCGGACAAAGGUGCGGUCGAAUCGAAUACGAGAGCGGCGGGUUGGAGUGGGCAAGGCAGGCAGGCAGCGACGCUUUGGUUGAAACCGGCAGGAGAAGCAAAGAAAAGUAAAUGUGGGCAGAGUCAAGGUCGUGAAUGAUACAGAUCGGGUCCUUCAAUGAAGCUCGAUUGGCCACGGCUUGCCUGGACUGAUGCUAGCCCCCAGACCCCAGGCGGCAUCAUCUCCC